AUGGCGGCGGCACCCCAACCUACAGAGCAGGAGAGCCGAGCGCUCCCUCAGAGCCGCAGCGCCCGCGCGGCCACCCCGGACCGAGAGAGAGGCACAAAAUGGCGGCCGAGCUCCCUCAGGCGCCGCUGCCGCCUCCGCGCUCCCAGAAUGCACCGCGGCAGCAGGGUGGGGGGGGGUGCCCACGUGACGCGCUCGCGGUCGCCCCCCCGGGGCUGUCCCGUGGCGCCUCACGGUGCCGCCGCCAUUUUGUCUACUCGGGGUUCCGCGCAGCAGGGAGCUGCCGGCGGGGAUGGCAGUGCUGGCGGCGCCGUGGCACACACACCCUCCACCGAAGACUUCAGCCUCUCCUUGCUGGACACCAACUUACCGGCUGAAGCGGAGACAGAAUUGCGCAGUUUCAUCGCUAAGCGUCUUACUAAAGGAGCCCUAUUUGAAGGAAUGGGAAAUGUAGCAUCAGUUGAGCUGAGCAUACCAGAAGGUAAAGUGGGUUGUUACUACUGUCGCUUCCAACAAGAAAGUCUUCUGGAAAUGGCAACAUUGGAAUCAGACAUCAAUGCUCCAGAAUAUGUGGUUUGUUUCUUAGGUGGCUCAGAGAAAGGUCUGGAACUUUUCAGACUUGAGCUGGACAAAUACAUYCAAAAUCUGAAGAUAAACCUUGAUUUGGAGCAAAAAAACUUGGAGACCUGUGUUAGCCCUUAUCUGAGGAGCUGGUUUGAGGAUGCCAUCUGCCCUAUCCAGAGGGUUGUGCAGCUCUUCCAGGACAAACUCGCCUCUCUGUUACAUGCUGCUCUGAGUUACACUCCUGUAGAAGUCAAAAAUGCAGAUGAAAGAACAGAAAAGGACAUCAGCAGGUUCCUGGCAGCUGCCAGUCUCCAAGGACUUGUCCAGGAAGGCACAAUGACCUCCCUGUGUAUCGCCAUGACAGAGGAGCAGCACAARUCCAUGGUUAUAGACUGUAGUGGACCUCAGCCCCAGCUGCAUAAYGCAGGAAGCAACAGAUUCUGUGAGGACUGGAUGCAGGCUUUUGUGAAUGGCACUGAAGGUGGAAAUCCAUUUCUUUUCCGGCAGAUUUUGGAAAACUUUAAAUUGAAGGCCAUUCAGGACAUUAACAAUCUGAAGAGGUUUAUCCGCCAGGCUGAAAUGAACCACUACGCCUUGUUCAAGUGCUACCUGUUCCUAAAGAACUGCGGCAGUGGAGACAUCCUGCUGAAGAUUGURAAAGUAGAACAUGCAGAAAUGCCAGAAGCCAAGAACGUAGUGACUGUCCUGGAGGAAUUCAUGAGAGAAACAUCAGUGGCUUAAAAUUAUCUUGCGUAUAAAUAAUUAAUUUCUACUGUGCAGCUAUCGYAGGAUUUUUAAUUUAUAUUUAAAAGUAUUGCCCAAGUCAAACCUUAGUUGCAGUUUCAUCUGCCUUUUCUURUUUUUAAAUGAAGCACUAUGAGCUUUUUUACUGUGUAAAUAUCAGAUAAUACAAAAUCCUGCAGAGUUUCCAGAUUCUCCAACUGACAUCCUCCUGUUCUGAGGAAAUCGUGACAUUUGAUUUUUACAAUCAUUGCAAAACCAAACCCAAAUCCCUUACCUGGAAAGCAUUUCACUGUUUUAAAUAUUAUAAAUAUCUUUAAAAUUAUUUAGAUUUGGCUACUUUGUUUUAAUAAAAAAGCACAAACAUCUGGAUAGAUCAUAAUAAAUGAAUUGAUAUAUUAGUUUAUGUAAAAGAACAUAGGUAACAAGUCUGUAGCYGGUUUCUGCACUCUGCUUUCAAACUGGUGGCUUGUUCUCCUGCCCCUGGAUAAACAAGUCAGUAAUUGGUAUGAACAGAGCUGCCUGAAGAUUGAACACUUUGAGUUUGUAUGUGCCUGUAUGUGUGCACACCUACACACAACAGGUAUCUGAAAUUCCAAGCUGUUUGCUGAAUCCCCUUCUUCCUUAGUCUUGAGGUGUGAUCAAGACAUUCUUUGUAUGUUCUUAUACCCAUUUGAUAACUAAAUAAUUUUAUGUUUUUCAAUCAUGAAGAAAAUUAGAAGCUUCCACAUGUUUGGAAUUUGAAGUAAAUUAAAUUCUCAGAUUAACUACUCAGACUUCAAAACAUAUCACUGUAUUGCAGCAGUGUUUUCUCACCCAUUUCRUAGGACAUGUAGGCAGCAGAAUAACUGAAGGAAAUCUCUGGCUAUAGCUGGAAUCAAAACUAAUGAAGUCUCUGAAUAACCUCAUAAAGGAGGGUGAUUCUGCAAACCUGAUACAAGCAAAAUUCCCUGUUGGUUCCCUUUGCAGCAGAAGUUGUUGAACAACUGCUCCUGAAACAGUGACUGUAACUAAUGCAGUUGAGUGUGACRUGCCAGUGUUCUGUACUGUGGUGGCAGAAGUUGCUGCUUUCCUGUGACAACAACAUGUUGAACCURUAAGGCUGACAAUAAAACACAUUCAAAUCUUUAACAGUGUGCCU